AUGAAUGAGAGCACGACCACCAUCAACACCACCUUCGACCAGACCUCCGUCUUCGACUACGCCUCGACGUCGUACUACGACGACAUCUGGGAAGAAAACCCCGCCGAGUUCUGGGUGCCCGUCAUCAUCUUCGGUCUCAUCUUCUCAAUCGGUAUCCCUGGUAAUGCCAUCGUUCUCUACAUCCUCCUGUGCUCUAGGAACGCCAGGACUGUGACUAACAUGUACUUGGUCAAUCUAUCCCUGGUCGAUCUCAUCUUCCUGACCGUGGAAGCACCGGUCAAGAUGAAGGCCUAUUUUAUGGUUCAUGAACAUGUUGAUUCCGGUGGUACCAAUAUUAUUCUUUGUAAGAUCAGUGUAUUCUUGAUCUAUGUCAAUCUGUCUGUCAGUAUCACCACCCUAGCAGCUUUGGCAAUCAACAGAUACUGCGCUGUCAUGCAUCCAGUUAGUACAAGGAUACAAAGGUCGAAAUCUGGAACAGCCAUAGUCCUUGCAGCGAUCUGGAUUGUCUGUCUACUAUCCCAGAGCCCUCCAGCUAUCUACGCUAAAUUGUAUGAUGACAGGCUCUGUGUUGAGGUAUGGCCAAACAUUAUGUCUCAAAGAGCCUUCAAGACAAGUCUCUUUGUCUUCUUCUACGUAAUCCCUCUUGGUGUCAUCUGCCUGUGCUAUGCCCGCAUGGCUGCUGUACUAUGGAACGCUGGAGCGGAGUUCGUCAGUCCCUACAUGACCGGUGCUCCGCGCAGACGACACACGAGACGCAAAGUGGCGCGAAUGGUGAUGAUCCUUGUGUCUUGUUUCUCCAUCUGUUGGCUCCCUUAUCACAUCCGUAGCAUCAUGGAAUGCUGGCAGCUCAUUCCCCUGUCACCUUUCAGCUACUACGCAGGUAUACUUUGCAGACUGAUGGGGUACGCCAACAGCUGUCUCAACCCGCUGCUCUACUCGUGUCUCUGCGAGAAUUUCCGCAAGAAUUACUACCAGGCUUGCUCCUGCUGCUGUACGGGGAAGAAGGAAAGAAACUGCAAGGCUCAACUCAUCUGCUGCCACGAGCUCUACCCAAACGGAACAGCUGCCCUUGAAUGUGAACAGACGAGGAAUACCACCAACUCUACUCGCAUGUCAGCAGUAGGAAGUAGGAAGUCGUUUACUAGCUCUGGUGGACGGAUAUCUUAG